UGGCCUUGACCUUUUAAAAGAUCUCUUCUAAGGGAAGUAAUAAGAAACAAGUUCUUAAAUAAUUAAGCAAUGUCUCAUACAUUCAUUUACUUACUCCACAAAUUUAUAUAUUACAUUUAGCUUUAACUUUUUAAAGCCAUGGUAAAGAAGUUAAGAGAUUUUGCCUAUGAAUUUUGUGUUGCUUCACUUAACGGAGGGUGUAAGCCGCCAUAUUGAAGACCGGCUGUCCCUCCAUUCAGGAAAUAGUCUAAUUUGGAGGACUUGUACUUCAUGGAACGGCUGACAACAAAUUGCAGCACCACAGACACCGCGGGCACAUGUCUCACGCUGUGCUAUCAGUCGCUCACAGGUACUGUGGCACAAAUGGGAGUAGACACCCAACCUGUGGUCAAUGCUACACACUUAGGGGUAGAUUCUCAGUCAGCAGUCUCAGUCAGCACCCUGCAGGUUGAAGGCACAGGAAUGACAUCAAUCGGGAUAGAUGGACAGGGGAUGGGAGUGGACAACCAGGCAGCUGUUGCAGUGCAGUCCUUGUUGGAAUCACAACAAAUACAAGAAGCAAAUGCAGAGGAUGAGGAUGUGUUCCAGUGUGGAAGGUGCAAAAAGCAGUUCACUUCCCUCAAUAUUUUCUUCACUCACAAGCAAACGCAGUGCUUAGCAGCAAUGUCACCAUCUGCACAUCUGCAGCAGCAAGUGGUGCAGCCUGCACCUGAUCACCAGCAAACCCAGCUUCAUCAGCAACAAACACACCAGCAACAUUUGCAACAGCAAGUGCAGCAGACACUGCACCAGCUUCAGCCACUUGCACAUAUGCAGCCUGUACAGAAUGGGAUUCAAACUGCACUCAGCAGUGCUUUGGGUUCUGCAGGUACCACAGCCUUCACAUCUAGCAUCUGCACAGUAACUCAGCCUUUGAAAACAUAUGCAACUCUGCCAACAUCCCCACUGUCACAGCUACCCCAGGGCGUUGUUCUGACGGAUGAUUUGAUGGCUUUGACCAGUCUGGACCCCAGUAGCCUACAAGGAUCGACUAUUCAGAUGGUGGCAGCACCCUACAAUCCACGCUCUUCUGGCAGUGUCACCAUUCUGAGUGCAGUACAGCCUGCCCCUGCAAUCACCACAGCUGGUGCUACCUUUGCCCAACAUCCACCUGCACAGCUGUCUUCUUUCAACCCCCAUGCUGCUGCUACCAACCCUCAGUUCACCUCAUUCACCCCGCUGCCUACAACCACUUGCAGUAUCACCCCUUUCACACAGCCUGCCAUGCAGACCUUAACUACCCAGCAUCAUCAUCAGCAGCAGCAGCAACAGCCAGCUCCACAGUCACAGCAAAUCACCAUCACUUUGCCUGAAAAACCAACACCAACCAUCUUAAGACGUACCCCUACCAAAGCAGGUCGCAAGUCAUCCCAGUCUCAAGCUGCAGCAGGUGCAGUGGUCAUCAGUGGUGAAGUUGAUGAUGGAGGCAGUGGAAGACGUGGUGACAGGGGAGCCGGGGGUGAUGCUAAACGGCGUUCACUGCAGUGUCAGUACUGCAACAAGUUGUUUGCAAAGAACUUUGAUCUACAGCAGCACAUUCGGGCUCAUACAGGAGAGAAACCAUUCCAGUGUAUUGUUUGUGGCCGUGCCUUCGCUCAAAAAUCAAAUGUAAAGAAGCAUAUGGCCACACACAAAGUGUGGCCCACUGGUAACUCCAGCACACUACCCAAACAGCCCAAGCCUCAGCCCAUGGUACAUGGGGAGGACAACUCUCUGCCAGAGAGUGUGGAGGCAGAGACAGAAGAAGAAGUGAUUGUAACAGUUGGAGAAGGACAUGCAGUGGGACUCAUUAAAGAAGAAGAAGCUGAUGGAGAUAAAGGAAAGGUGCUGGAGUCACUGAGUGCAGUAACAAAUGGGCAAGUGAAAGUAAGAGUAGUUGUGGACAACUCAUACAUUUGCCAGUAUUGUGCAGCAAAGUUCAAAACCUUCUUUCAGUUAAAAACUCACAUGGUGGAGCACAAAGCAGAACAGGUGUACAAAUGUGUGAUGAAGAACUGUGGAGCUUCAUUCCGAGAGCUGGACUCAUUCCUGGACCAUACCAAGACACAUGAAAAUGAAAUGACCUAUCGCUGUCACCAGUGCAACAAGUACUUUCCCUCACUGUAUGAACUUGGAGUUCACCAAUACACACACAGUCUUUAUCCCAGUCAGAGCCUUAAAUCUGGACCACGGCAUUUCCAGUGCACCAAAUGUGGGAAUAAGUACACUACUCCAGAAGCUUUGGAACAUCACUUGGCUACCACCACCCAUCAGUAUCCGUGUCCCCACUGUCACAAGAUUUUCAGCUGUGAGCGAUUUCUACGAAGACACCUCCCCAUACAUGGAUCUGAAGGACAAUUUGAAUGUCACUCUUGUGGUAAACGGUUCAAGACGGAACACUAUCUCAAGUCCCAUCUGCUGAUUCACACUGGAGAAACACCUUACCAGUGUCAAGCCUGCAAUGCAGCAUUUAAUAGAAAAGACAAGUUGAAACGACACAUGACCAUCCAUGAAGCUAUCAAAAAGUAUCGCUGUCCCUUUAAAUCCCUGACAGGCUGCAACAAAGAGUUUAAUAGACCUGAUAAGCUCAAGUCACAUAUCAUCACACACAGCGGCAUUAAGCCUUUUAAGUGUAGUGUCUGUGGAAAGGGUUUCAGCCGACGACCACACCUCAUGGAACAUGAACGAGGUCACAAUGCUGACUAUCGCUUCAAGUGUGAGAAAUGUGGCAAAGGGUAUUUCCGAGCUAAGCUUUUCAAUGUGCAUAAGUGUCAGCCUGACAGAUCUAGAGCAGAACCCCAGCUGUUCAGACCCCGGAAUCGCCGUAAGAUUGGGCGGCCUCGCAAACGAUUGGUAACGAUAUCUGGUGCAGCAUCGAACCAAGAUGACGGGACUGGAUCAAGGCGAUUGUCUGGAAAGUCAGGCCUGAGGUCUGGCAGUGGCAUCCAUUUGAGAAGUGCUCGUGUGGCAGCUGCUAUUGCUAGUCAUAAGAAGGGGACUUCACGUGUAAGAGCAGUUACUAUGGUAGCUGAUGAUGACAAUGAAGGAGAUAAAGUAGGUGGAGGAGAGCAUAUUGUGAAAGAUCAGACAUCAGCCACCAUUGUGGCAUCUCUGGAGAACAAACAGUCGGUUACACAGGAAAGUCUUGGUGAUCUUGAUGGAGAGGAAGUCAUUGACCACUAUGUAGUCCACCUCACAGACUGCGGUGAUGGUGGGAUGCCCACUCUGCACACUGCCCUCACCCCAGCCAGCAUUCAAGCUGGGCUAGCAGCAGGCACCCUUCAGCCUAUCACCAUCAUAGAAACUACAACCGUUCCUGGGGGAGCAGGACUCAUGGAGGCAGCAACAUUGCCUGUCAUGGGUAUGUCACGUAGUGGAGAGGUCGUCACAACUCAAGUGGUGGUGACAGGAACAGGGUCAGGAUCACAACAGACAUACGUAACGUGCCCAGCACAGCUUGUGGAUUUUAGCACAGGGGAUCCUGUUCUGCAGGGUACAGAAAGUCUGCUGAAGGCUUCUGCUGAAAUCUUGCAGACUGCUAGCUCAAAUUCUUAAUUGUAUAUAGGAACAACUACUGCUUUGAUUGUUGUUUUGUUUUGUGUGUGUUUUUUUUCGGCCUUAAAUGAUAUUUGAAUGGGGAGAGAGGGCUUGAUGUCGUUUCCAGAAAGAUUAAAAAAAAAUGCUUGAAAAUUUCUAGUCAUUAAAUAUUUUUUGAUAAGCACAAACAGGUACUCCAGAUGUUGAUUCCCACAUUUGUGAUUUCUUGUUGAUUUACAAUAUUGUAAAAGUAUAUUGUACAUGGAAAAAUAAAAGAAUUUAAGUAUCAAUGAUCAUUUUGCUAAAGCUUUCUCUGUGAAGUCAAAACAGCAAAGUAAAUGUAUUGUGUGGAUUUAAUGCAUUAUAAUUUUUCUGGUUUGAGUACUCUCCCCUCCCCCUAAAAAAAGAACAUAACCCCCCUCCUCCUGAAUUUGUAGGAGAGGCAUGAUCAGUUGGAGUAUUUGUGUAACUAUGCCUCCAUAACUAUCAAAGUCGUUUGAGCUCAAGUUACAGUAUUUCAAAAUAAACUGAUAAUAGAUAAUGUAUGAAACUUUGGAUAUAGCAAUGCAUUGUACCUGUAAACAUUGUGAAAAGAGUCAGUGACUGUUCUAGAUGAAAAUGAUCCCACAUAUAACAUUAGCUUUGCAAGUGGUAUUACAACCUGUGUCUUGAAUGAA